CUGAAGGUUCCAGCUUGUGCUCCAUGCAGCAGCUGCCAUGCUUUGAAAGCAGCAUGUUCUGGACCGAGGCUGAGGUGAAAACAAGUGGUGGACAGUGAAAUCGAAAGGAGCUGCUUUAAUAAAAAGCAGAGAUUAGUCACCACCACCCCCUCCUCCUCCUCCACAGACACACACACCGGGUGAAGCCCCGGGUCUACCUCAGAGGCAGCAGCAGCUCAGCAGGCACACAGCAAUGGCUAACAUCGCAGUCCAAAGGAUCAAGAGAGAGUUCAAAGAAGUUCUCAAAAGCGAAGAGACAAGUAAGAACCAGAUUAAAGUUGAUCUGGUAAAUGAGAACUUCACAGAGCUGAGAGGGGAGAUAGCAGGACCUCCAGAUACUCCUUAUGAAGGUGGUAGAUAUCAGCUUGAAAUAAAAAUUCCAGAAACGUAUCCGUUUAACCCACCAAAGGUGCGCUUUAUUACCAAGAUCUGGCAUCCUAAUAUCAGUUCAGUGACAGGAGCAAUAUGUCUGGAUAUUUUAAAAGACCAGUGGGCAGCUGCCAUGACCCUGCGGACAGUGCUGUUGUCUCUACAGGCUCUUCUUGCAGCAGCAGAACCAGAUGAUCCACAGGAUGCUGUAGUUGCAAACCAGUACAAGCAGAACCCAGAAAUGUUCAAACAGACUGCUAGGCUGUGGUCGCACGUCUACGCCGGCGCGCCCAUCUCCAGUCCCGACUAUACACGGAAAAUAGACAAACUCUGUGCCAUGGGCUUUGAAAAGAACGCAGUAAUAGCAGCCUUAUCCUCGAAAUCCUGGGACGUGGAGACGGCGACAGAACUGCUCCUCAGCAACUGAAGCCCGCUGUCCGGGUGCGAGGAUCCAAAACUUCUCAUCACAGCAUCGACUCCUCCCGGCACCAUUCCACCGUUACGUUUAGUUGAACAGAUCAACACCUCCUCACGUUCGACACAACAGCCCGAGCCGCCUUCCUCUCCAACUUUAGUUUGCUACAGACUCUGCACCAUCGUUGCCAACGUGUCAACCACCCUGUUGCCUGUCUGAUCUCGUCGUACCGAGGCUCUUUACUCCCUCUCCACUUAGACGUGUGCACUCGUUAAACAAGAAACCGUUCAUUCAUCUAGUCUUCAACGCCCACCCCAUGAAUUUAAUUUGCUGGUGUUUUUUUAUCCCUCUGACCUGUGAUCUACACGACCUGGUUGUUUGCAGGGUAAAAUGCAAAUGUAGUCCGGCACACAGUUCUCUCAGUAGUGAGUUGGAUUGUAAGUUUGUGGAUUAAAUAUACUUGACAGGAUAGUGUUGUGCAGGGACGACAUGCUGGCUUUUUUCCCCCCUCGAGUUUCAUCAUCCGUGUCGCCGCCUACAGCAGAGGUUUGUGUCCAACAUCCUUCUACAUUUGCACUCAUGCUCAAAAGAAAGUUAUCUGUAUAUAGCUGCGUGUAAAUUUGAAACUAUAAUGGUAGUAUCCUUUUUUUCUUACACGGAUGACAUUGUAAAACAAAUUAUUUUAAAUAUAAACUAUGCCUACCUUACUGUAUAUUGAGAUGUUUUUAUCAAUUUGAUCCACGAGACGCCCUCUUUUUUUUUUUUUAAAGACGUUAUGUUGAAGUGACAAAACCAAAAUCCUGUCCCUAAAGCCAAAUCAGGCCUGUGCUUGUUUAGCCUUCAAAUGAUGUAACUGAUGCGUUUCCAGGUCAACAACCUUUUAAAUGUCAAGACGCCAGAUCUUUUGUUCAGAAAGCUGCCAAGUAGAAAUUGUUUUAAAGGAGUUACCAGAAAGUUUUACCCCUCUGUUACGAACUGUUUUAAGUUUCCUUUAUCUCAGAGCAGAUUAAAAGUCGACCCUCAACAGAACACGUAUCACUCAGCUAAACUGUUGGCCAUAUAUAAAGGAGUAAAGACGAUGUAUUCCCAAAUGUGCUUUAGUACACAGCCAGAACGAAAAGCUGGAACUCUUAUUAAUCUGUUGCAGGUUGAGUUUAAAAUGUUUUUUUUUAACGGUACAAGCAGAGCAGAAAAGGGGUGCGCAGGCACGCUAACAAAGAGCCAUUUAUUUUUGAAGAUAUUUCCCCUUCAGUUGACCUGCAGCUCGGUCCUUUACAGCUCAUUACGACGCGGGAGUUAAUGUGCAAGUUGUCUCUGUCGACUCUGCAUAAGGUUCACAGCCAGCGCCAAAAAGGAUUUGGAGGCAGGUAGAAGGCACAGCCUCCAUGUGUACAUAGCUGGGAUUAGGUCUUUAUAAAGUGACAUGACGUAAUCGCUGAAGUGCACUAUUAGUUGCCAAUCUACAUUUCUGUACGAGAAAGCAAGAGACGAAGGCCGCCUCAACCAAGUCUUCCCGCUGUUCAAACCGCAAAUAAUGUUGCACGACGACCAAGUAUUUAACAGGAAAAAAAGGGGGGGCUGUUGCAUCUCAAGUUUCUCCAUUUGGAUAGAGACUCGGUUCCUUUUUCUUGGAAGCAAGCAUCAGCAGUACAAAGAGCAUGGUUAUUUAUUGUGACUGUCAUGUUUUCUUUGAUUAAAAAA